AUCAUUCUAAUUCCUUGUUGUUCUCGUUAUGAGUUACCAUUACGUAACAGCUUGAAUAUUUAUUGGAUAAAUAAUUCGGAUGCAUUCACUGUUCAUCAGAAGUCUUCCAAGGCUCAAUCAAAAGUUUAAAAAACAGCAACAAGGUUAAUGCAAAUGCCACUUACAAUGUUCUAAGAAAUAACAACAGUAAAUUAACAAUAAAAGAAAAGGUAAAAUACACGCUAAAUCAAGACAAAGAAAAAAAACAAAGAACAAAACAAAAAAACAUUAAAAAGAUGGGUUAGGCUGCUGUUUUUCUAGAAAGUUUAUUUAAGACGUCCAGUAGUUUAAUGAAAGAAAUAGUUGCUUUUAGGAUGAUUCUGUUUGCAAUGGUGCUUGCAUUUGGGUUCCAUUAUAGAAUCAUUGAAAAGAAUCCUGCGAGUUCAUGCUAGCAACAUCAUAUCCGACAUCCGAGACUUGACCAAGGAGAUUCUGGCACUGAGCUGUAAACUGAGGGCUGUGCAGGAGGUAAUGCUCAUUGAGGAUGUUUACAACAAAUAAUAUCUAGGGGCUGCCGUCACUUAGGCAGCCUUUCCACUAGCCUGGGUUAAAACAUAUCCGGGUUAAAAGUUAUCCGUUUCUGCGUCGCGUUCCCACUAACCCACUUGAAAAACGGAUAAGUUUGAAAACGGGUCUCAAAGGCAAGUGUGAUUAGCCGUCUCCUAAAAGUUAGCUGAGAACGCAGAAAGUUUGCUUCACAGAUAGAUAACAGCAGCAGAUUAGGUCUACACGGCAUUGAGAUGACGUAUGAUACGAAGAUAAAGUCAGGCAAAUUCUUGAUAAAGCUAAUAAAGCGUAAAGAGUGAAUAAUAAAUGCUUUAAAUACAAAAGAAGCAAGGAAAAUUUGAGGAAGGCAAAGAGAGCUAAAAUUAUGGUUGGAGGAAAGCUGAGACGUUUUCUCGACACUGGACUAGCAUGUCUCUAAGAGACGGAAAGCCGCUCUAGAUAUUUUCGAGAUUUUUGCCAUCAAUUUUUUCUCAUUAUAAACUUAUUUGGUCUGUCGUUCACAGCUAUAAAAUAUGCAAAGUUCAGAGCUAUGAGCAUAAAAAUUUGAUAUCCCUAAAAUUUAUGUGAAUAUUGCCAACCAGUGCUUGAGGGAUGUGGAAAUAUCUCAGUUCUGUAAAUAAUAAUUUUUACUUGAAAAGUAAGUUCAUUUAUAGCUAGAGUAUAAACUUUCCUAUUAUAAUUGCCGCAGGGGAUGUUGUAUUAUAUUAUUAUUUGGAUUCGUCAAAUUUUUCCCGCGCUUUCGCUUCGAAUUGCUGACGCGUAUUCGAUGGCGUUUUAUUCACCAUGGAAACCCAGUCGAUGUAACAGAAGUUUUUUUCAAAAUGUUGGAGGGAGAACCAAUCUUAACUUGAUAAACUACCAAGCUAUAUCACAAAUGAUAUUUUGAGCAAGGUAAUUUUAUUUUUCGUACUUUCUUAAAUAUAGCAUCAUUCAGUUUUGCUCUUGCUAGGUUUUUCAAGAAAGAUAAAUUUACAUUAAGUGGUAAUAAGAACUUUCUGGUGUGCUACCAACCUCUGAAUACUCGAUAGCCAAAUAAUUAUUUUGAACAUCUGUUGUCAUAUUUCUUAAACCUGAAACAAUACCUUGGAAAUUCCGCUUUAUAAGAAAAUGAAAAGAAGACAAAUUGUUAGUCUAGAUAUCAUAUUUCGGGUCUAAAUUUUCUGUUUAUUUUCAGCACAAUGUCAGCAAAAGAUAACAAUAGAGGAAAAGGUGCUAAAAGAAAGCCCCCUUCAGCCCAGAUGCCUGUGCACCCUGUAUGCUCUGAAUCUGUCAAAGAGAAGAAGCAAAGGGAGAAGAUGUCAAGAGAUGCUAAGAAAGCUCUGAUAACAUCUGAAUAUCGACAUUUAAUGUCAAUUGUCGCUUUUAAACUCAAUGUGGAGCCAACAGUCGUCGAAGAGUUUGUGCUGGACUGCGAUCAGGGAAUUGAGUUAAUGGAAGAUUUUACAAGGGAAAAUGGGCGUAGAACGCUGGUAUUUUUCUAUCAAAGUUGUGAAGGCUAUGGCAGUGUCACUGAAGUAAGAGCUCGCACGCUCCAAAAUUUGCCAAAAGACGGGAAGCCGAACCAUUUGAUUGUGACAGACUGCCUCUCUGAUAAGCUAACCGGCUUAUUAAUGUACUUUAUCCGAACAGAGCCGAAUAAGGAAAUCAAAAUGAGAAACAUGCAUGAGGUUGUAUGCUUUGGUAGCAUCGACUGUACUGGGGACGUCAGCCUGUUCCAUGCUUUAGCCAAGUCGCUAUCAUCAGUUUUUGUGCCAACUCUCAAAUGCUACACAGAAUGGGGAGACUUGAACAAAAGUCCGCAAGGUAUCGCAGCAAAAGAAGAAUUCAUCAAAUUUGCUGACGGAUUUGUCAGCUAUCUUGACUUUGCACACAAAGGAGUUACUGAUAGGGUGACAUUGCAGAAAUGUGAAGUGAUAUGUGUUGAAGAUUAUCAGUCACCGUCUGAUUACAUGAUAGUUGCGAAUAACCCUGAGCUUUUGGCUGGAAUUGAAGAUCUUGUACAUAUUUGGAGCAAACAGAUUGAGCAAGUUCUCGUUGAAAGCGAACAGAUGCGGAAAGAAGCAGACGAUGCUGGUCCUAUGGCUGAACUACAGCACUGGAGACAGCGAAUGGCUAAGUUUAAUUCUCUUCUGGAGCAGAUCAAGGCUAAGCAGUGCAAGACUGCAAUUGGAAUAUUGGUAAUUGCCAAAUCGAAAGUCUUGAAGACAUGGAGAGUGCUAGAUAACAGAAUAACCGAUGCUGCAAACGAAGCUAAGGACAAUGUGAAAUACCUCUAUACAUUGGAGAAGAUCUGUGAACCGCUCUACCAGAGUGACCCGGUCAACAUGGUCGAUAGCAUACCGAAACUUAUCAACGCUAUCCAGAUGAUUCACACUGUUUCUCAAUAUUACAACACGUCUCAAAGGAUGACGUCACUCUUUAUCAAGGUAACAAACCAGAUGGUAACAGCAUGUCGCCAGCAUAUCACUGACGGUGGAAAAUACCGUGUUUGGGACCAAAACAGACCAGAAUUGAUACUGAAAAUGAAGCAGUGUAUACGCCUAAAUGAGGAAUACCAAGCCAGCUAUCAGAGAACGAAAAAAAAGAGCAGGGAACAUUCGAGUGAGAGGCCCUUUGAAUUUUCGGAGAUGUACAUCUUUGGAAAGUUUGAUACAUUUAGCAGAAGGCUUCAAAAGAUAAUUGAGCUGAUGACAACAUUGGACACAUACAGUGUUUUGGCAAGAUCAAAUAUCGAGGGAAUAGAAGGGAUCGCACAGAAAUUCUCCACCAUAUUCAAAAGCAUGCAAAAAAAGCCAUACGAUAUUCUUGAUCAUAGAAAAAUCGACUUUGACUAUGAUUAUGAAGAGUUUAAAAGGCAAAUUUCUGAACUCGAGAUACAAAUGCACCAUUUCAUUGACCACGUCUUCUCAAGGAAGAUGUCGACUACCCAAGCUUUGCAGCUUUUACAACGAUUCGAGCAACUCAAUAUUGGCACGUUGAUGCAAACGAUUGAUGAAAAGUAUGAAAAGCUGUUUCAUCAUUUUGGAAAAGAAAUCGAAAUUGUGGGGAAGGUUUAUGAAGAAUUCAAGCAAGACCCUCCUGUUGCCCGCGAUCUACCGCCAAUUUCAGGGAAGAUUUCUUGGUCAAAGCAACUUACUAAGCGAAUCAGAGAUCCGAUGAACUAUUUUGAAAAGCGCGAUGAGCUUCUGAAGAAACCUGAUUCUCUAAAAACAAUUAAGACUUUCAACAAUAUUGCAGCAACUUUGUUACAAUUCGAAAUUGUCUAUGUUGAAGCAUGGAAGCGCCAAAUUGAUAGCGUAAGAAGUGGCCUUCAAGCAACUCUACUGGUGCGACACCCAGAAACUGGAAAGCUUUACGUUAACUUUGAUCCAAUGAUCAUAGAGCUGAUAAGGGAAACUGAUUGUAUGAUCAAAAUGAACCUAGAUGUUCCUAAAGCGGCCAAAGACCUUAUUUUAAGGAAAGAAGGGCUGAAGAAGACCGAGAACCGUCUGAAGGUAAUGAUUGAAGAGUAUGAAAAGUUGAAGGAGUCCGUUCCAGCCAUAUUUGUUGGGUUGAUGAAGCCUUCAAUGAACAAGGUUGAAGCAACGAUAAGUCCUGGGCUGACAUUGCUGAAUUGGAAUUCACUCAACAUCAACAGAUACAUCGAAUGUGUCCACGAAGAGCUUAGAAAUGUUGGCCGUCUGAUGAAACAAAUACUGGACGUUAAAGAUGCCAGAAUUGAUAAUGGCCUUCAACAGAUCAGCGACAUUAUCUUAUGUGAACUGCCAGAAGACGAAGCCUGGCCCGUUGGCCAAUUUCUCUCUCGCACCAAAGAAAUAUGUGAUCAAGCUUCAAAGAAAAUUCAGGCGAUCAGUAAUCGUGUUGAAGAAGCAGUAUGUGAUGUGUUGGAUACCUUAAAAUCUACGCAUGUCACGUUGAAAGCCCAAUCACAAAUCAAAGAUCCAUCUGUUGUUCCUUGCAACGAGUCCCAUGAACAUAAAGUUGCUAGAGAGAAGAUGCUACAUAGAGAGCACGACUUAGAAGAGGAGACAAAGGAGCUUGCUAACUAUUUCAACAACAAACUAGUCGAUAGUCUGUUGAGAUGCAUCCGAAACUCUCUUGACGCAAUCAAACGCAGGGUCUUUCCCGCGUCUUCGAAUCGAAACUACGGAAGGAAUCUAUCCUCAUCAAGCUCAGCAUCGGGACUAACUGCAAAAGAAAUGGCCUGCUUCACAGCUGACAUGACGCUUGUUAUUCCCAACGUAGUAGUGCAACCUACUAUUGAAGAUGUUCAGCAUUCUUUGAAUGAGGGUAUUAAGCUGAUUCUGAAUGUGAGCAAGAAUGUUGCUUCAUGGUCACAGAAGGAGAAUGAAUCACAAUCUCAGAAGCAAAAGAAUUAUUAUAAAUACAUUGCGGAGCACAAAGACACAACAAAAAUAACGAUGAUGUUGUCAUCUGCUGUCAGCUCUACCAAAGGGGAAGUUGUCAAUUACCUGGAUGCGUUUGCAAAGUACAUGUUCUUAUGGAAGGAAGACCGAGAGCUGAAAAUCAAGGAAUUCAUUGAGUCUGAUCCCAUUCUGUCUGAGUUCAAAGCUGAAAUACUGCGUUAUCGAGAUAUUGAGCGUGAAAUCAAACUGUUGCCAGAAAAAUACGUCAUUGGACAGAGAACACUGCAGCUGAACACAGGGCCUUUGAAGUAUGCAUUGAGUGUAGAAGCAGAAAAUUGGAAAGUGGCUUUAGGUCGCGGCAUGAAUGCCAAAUACAAGGAAAAGCUAGAUGAAAUCGUUCAGUUUAUUGCUGAUUACUCCAGAAGAUUAUCCCAUCCGAUUAAAGAUUUGGAUGAUGUCCGGUUUGCUAUGGCGGCGUUGACUGAGAUCCGGAAUAAUGAAAUUCGCAUUGAUACCGAGAUCGGUCCAAUCGAGGAAUCGUACAGUCUUCUCAACUCAUUUGGAAUUGCCUACCCGCAAGAAGAAUCAAACAAAGUUGAUUCCCUGCGUUACUCUGUUCAGAAACUUCUUCAGCAAGCCAACUCUGUCCAAUCCGAGCUUGUUGAGAUCCAACCGACUUUCAAGAAAGAUCUGUUAGACCGGGUGGAGACGUUUAAGACAGAAUCUGGCAGUUUCUAUGGAGAUUAUGAUGAAAAUGGACCAAUGGCCAAUGGUCUUCAUCCACAGGAAGCUAGCGAUCGCCUAAGUGCCUUCCAGACCAAAUUUGACACAUUAUGGCGUCAAUAUCAGACAUACAACGGUGGGGAAGAUCUUUUUGGUUUACCUAUCACAGACUAUCCAGAACUGAUGAGAAUUAAGAAAGAACUUGGUCUGCUUCAGAAGCUAUACGGGUUGUAUAACUCAGUUAUUACAACAGUGAACGGAUACUAUGAUAUUUUAUGGCACGAUGUAGAUAUUGAAAAGAUCAAUCAAGAUUUGUUGGAUUACCAGAACAGAUGCCGUAGAUUGCCAAAAGCCUUGAAAGAUUGGCAAGCAUUCAACGAUCUCAAGAAAAAGAUUGAUGACUUCAGCGAGUGCUGCCCUUUGCUAGAGUUGAUGUCAAACAAGGCCAUGAAAGAGCGACAUUGGAAUCGCAUUGGAGAACUCACUGGUCACCAUUUUGACGUGGAUAAUGAGAAUUUUGCACUGCGUAAUAUUAUGGAAGCAGAUCUUUUGCAUUCAAAGGAGGAUAUUGAGGAUAUUUGCAUAUCAGCUGUAAAAGAAAAGGAUAUUGAAGCCAAACUUCACCAAGUUGUUGUUGACUGGAGAGCACAGGAAUUCUCUUUUACCCCGUUCAAGAAUAGAGGAGAGCUGCUGCUAAAAGGAAACGAAACAACGGAAAUCGUUGCAUUUUUAGAAGACAGUCUGAUGAUUCUUGGAUCACUCAUGAGUAACAGAUACAAUGCUCCAUUUAAGAAAGACAUCCAAGCAUGGGUGCACAAAUUAUCGAACACCUCUGAUAUCAUCGAAAACUGGUUGGUUGUGCAAAAUCUUUGGGUUUACCUAGAGGCUGUGUUUGUCGGCGGUGAUAUAGCAAAACAACUUCCAAAGGAAGCGAAGAGAUUUCAAAACAUUGACAAGUCAUGGGUGAAGAUCAUGACCAGGGCACACGAGACGACCAAUGUCGUUGAAUGCUGUGUUGGAGAUGAGACAUUGAGUCAGUUGCUUCCUCAUCUGUUAGAACAGCUUGAACUUUGUCAGAAAUCACUUAGUGGAUAUUUAGAAAAGAAGCGAUUGAUGUUUCCCCGCUUCUUCUUUGUUUCCGAUCCUGCAUUGCUGGAGAUUCUUGGCCAAGCAAGUGACCCACACACUAUUCAAGCACAUUUGCUAGGAAUAUUUGACAACACCAAGUCGGUGGCAUUCGAUGAGAAGGAUUACAGCAAGAUAUUAUCAAUCAUAUCAAGCGAAGGAGAAACAGUCCAGCUGGAGAAGCCGUUGCAUGCUUCUGGCAAUGUGGAGGUUUGGCUGAUGGAUUUACUUGUUCAGGCCCAGUGGUCUUUGCACGUGGUGAUUCGAGAUGCGUCGGUUAUCAUUAAAGACCCGUCAUUUAAUCUCAUGGAUUUUCUCAAUAGCUUUCCGGCUCAGGUUGGCAUUCUGGGUAUUCAAAUGAUAUGGACAAGAGAUGCCGAGGAGGCAUUAAACAACGCAAAGACAGAUAAGAAAAUCAUGCACCAAACGAAUCAGAGCUUUUUAGCACUGCUGAACACGCUUAUUGACGUCACAACCAAAGAUCUCACCAAAAUGGAAAGGACUAAGUUUGAGACUCUUGUCACAAUCCAUGUUCACCAGCGCGAUAUUUUUGAUGAUCUGGUGAAAAUGCACAUUCGCAGCUCAACCGACUUUGAAUGGCUGAAACAAAGCAGAUUCUAUUUCAAAGAUGAAAUUGAUGACUGCGUUGUGUCAAUCACUGACGUCAAUUUCAGCUACCAGAACGAGUUUCUCGGAUGCACUGAGAGGCUGGUCAUCACCCCUUUGACUGACAGGUGCUACAUCACUCUUGCCCAGGCCCUUGGUAUGUCAAUGGGAGGUGCUCCCGCUGGGCCUGCUGGUACAGGAAAAACAGAAACCACUAAAGACAUGGGUCGCUGUCUUGGAAAAUACGUUGUGGUCUUCAACUGCUCGGAUCAAAUGGACUUCAGAGGUCUUGGAAGGAUCUACAAAGGCCUAGCCCAGUCCGGAAGCUGGGGAUGCUUUGAUGAAUUUAAUCGAAUCGAGUUGCCAGUUUUGUCUGUAGCUGCGCAGCAGAUUUACAUUGUUUUGACAGCUAAGAAGGAACGCAAGAAACAAUUUGUGUUUACCGAUGGUGAUAUUGUUGAUCUGAACCCAGAAUUUGGUAUUUUCUUGACCAUGAAUCCUGGUUACGCUGGAAGACAGGAAUUGCCAGAAAAUCUUAAAGUUCAGUUCAGAACAGUUGCUAUGAUGGUCCCAGACAGACAGAUUAUUAUGAGAGUGAAACUUGCAAGCUGCGGGUUUUUGGAGAAUGUAUUGCUAGCCCAGAAAUUCUACACUCUUUACAAACUUUGCGAGGAACAACUCACCAAACAGGUACAUUAUGAUUUUGGGCUUCGUAAUAUUCUAUCGGUGUUGCGUACACUUGGCGCCAACAAGAGAGCCAAUCCGCAAGACAGUGAAAGCACAACAGUCAUGAGAGUUUUGAGAGAUAUGAACUUGUCCAAACUGGUUGAUGAAGAUGAGCCUCUAUUCAUGAGCUUGAUCAAUGAUCUUUUCCCUGGCAUUGUGCUGGAUAAAGCUGGCUAUCCCGAUCUAGAGGCAGCUAUACAGGUGAACACAGAGGCAGCCGGUCUGGUUAAUCAUCCACCUUGGGUUCUCAAACUGAUCCAGUUGUAUGAAACUCAACGGGUUCGCCAUGGUAUGAUGGCCCUUGGGCCUAGCGGUGCUGGUAAAACAGCCUGCAUCAACGUGCUUAUGAAAGCGAUGGGUGAUUGUGGGCAGCCACACCGUGAAAUGAGAAUGAAUCCAAAAGCUAUUACUGCACCUCAGAUGUUUGGUAGGUUGGAUGCAGCAACCAAUGACUGGACAGACGGAAUAUUCUCAACAUUGUGGAGAAAAUCUCUGAAAACAAAGAAAGGUGAAAGUAUGUGGAUAGUGCUAGAUGGUCCUGUUGAUGCCAUCUGGAUUGAGAACUUGAACUCUGUUCUGGAUGAUAACAAGACCCUAACACUGGCCAAUGGUGAUCGUAUACCCAUGUCUCCCUACUGCAAGGUCGUGUUUGAGGUGCACAACAUUGACAAUGCCUCACCUGCAACUGUGUCAAGAAAUGGAAUGGUCUAUAUGAGCUCGUCUGUCCUGGAAUGGAGACCAAUCCUAGAGGGUUGGCUCAAGUCUAGAGUGCCACAAGAGAGCGAAAUCAUUCUUGCUUUACUAGAAGAAUCACUAGACGGCCUGUUGACAUUUGUUCAUCAGAAUCUCUUUCCAAAGAUGGAUGUUUUGGAGUGCAAUAUUAUUAAACAGUUUAUUGAUUUGAUGGAAGGACUUAUACCGAACAAAGAAGAGGCUGGAAUUCUUGCAAAGCCUCAUCUUGAAAAACUUGUCGUCUUUGCACUGAUGUGGAGUGUAGGAGCGUUGUUGGAGCUUGCCGACCGAAGUAAAAUGGAAGAUUAUAUGAAAAAAAGUUGCAAACUAAGUCUGCCUAUGACCGAGGACGGUUCUGGUGAUACAAUAUUUGAGUUUGCAGUUGAUAAUGAGGGCAACUGGGAACAUUGGAAGAACAGAGUACAAGCAUAUGAAUAUCCAUCUGACAGCAAGCCUGAGUAUUCUUCGAUAUUGGUGCCAAAUGUUGACAAUGUUCGCACUGAUUAUCUUAUUGAUUGCAUUGCAAAGCAACAAAAGGCUGUUCUGCUGAUUGGCGAGCAAGGCACUGCCAAAACAGUAAUGGUGAAAGGCUACACAGCAAAGUACGAUGUAGAAAGGCACAUGAGCAAAGGGUUCAGUUUCUCAUCCGCUACAACUCCACUCUUAGUUCAGAGAACCGUCGAGAGCUAUGUUGACAAGAGGGUAGGGACGACGUAUGGUCCACCAGCAGGAAGGAAAAUGACCAUAUUUAUAGAUGAUAUCAAUAUGCCCAUUAUCAAUGAAUGGGGCGAUCAGAUAACAAACGAGAUAGUGCGUCAGCUGAUGGAAAUGAGUGGAUUCUACAAUUUAGAAAAACCAGGAGAGUUUACAAACAUUGUCGAUAUUCAGUUCAUUGCGGCCAUGAUCCACCCUGGAGGAGGCCGAAACGAUAUUCCAAGCAGACUGAAAAGGCAGUUCUCUAUAUUCAACUGCACAUUACCAUCAAAUAAUUCAAUUGACAAGAUUUUUGGUGUUAUUGGCUCUGGAUACUUCUGUGAAACAAGGUUCAAUGACGAAGUCUGUAGUAUUGUGGAAAAACUCGUCUCCUGCACUCGAAUCUUAUGGCAGAAAACCAAGGUAAAGAUGCUUCCCACACCGGCCAAAUUCCACUAUGUUUUCAACUUGAGAGAUUUGUCUCGAAUCUGGGAAGGAAUGCUCAAUGUAACUGGUCACGAAAUUCAAGACCAACCGGAAAUUCUUGCCUUGUGGAAGAAUGAAUGCACACGAGUCAUAGCAGAUAGAUUCACUAGCGAGAAGGAUAUUGACUGGUUCCAGAAGACGUUGCAUCAAGUUAUUGAAGAAGAAAUCAAUGAAGAAACUUCGAAAAUGAUUCACGAGGAACCAUAUUUUGUUGACUUCCUAAGAGAUGCCCCUGAGCCGACAGGUGACGAGGCUGAAGAUGCAGAGCUGGAUGCUCCCAAAGUUUAUGAACGGAUACCAUCGAUUGAAGAGUUGCGAGAAAAACUGAACAUGUAUAUGCAAAACUAUAACGAAGUUAUUCGAGGAGGCACUUUGGACCUAGUGUUUUUCAAAGAUGCAAUGACACAUUUAGUCAAGGUUUCCCGUAUUCUUCGAACUCCCCGAGGCAAUGCACUGCUUGUGGGAGUCGGUGGUUCAGGCAAACAAAGCCUUACAAGGCUUGCGUCGUUUAUUGCUGGAUACGAAACAUUUCAAAUCACUCUCACCAGAACUUACAACCAGAGUAAUUUAAUGGACGAUCUAAAGUUUUUAUACCGAGCAGCUGGGGGAAAAGGCCAUGGAAUGACUUUCAUUUUCACUGAUAAUGAGAUCAAAGAUGAGGGAUUCUUGGAGUAUGUUAACAAUGUUCUGUCGUCUGGGGAGGUCUCAAAUCUUUUUGCAAAAGACGAAUUAGACGAAAUCACCCAAGAAUUGAUUCCUGUAAUGAAGAAAGAGUUGCCGAGAUUGCCACCAACUCAAGACAAUUUAUACAAUUACUUCAUUUCACGCGCACGGAAUAAUUUACACGUGGUUUUAUGUUUCUCACCUGUUGGAGACAAAUUUCGCACUCGUGCUCUCAAAUUCCCUGGACUGAUCAGUGGCUGCACGAUGGACUGGUUCAGCCGAUGGCCAAGAGAUGCCCUUAUCUCGGUGGCUGAUCACUUCCUAUCCAAAUUUGAAAUCACAUGCACUCCAGAAACUAAGCACAACCUGGUACAGGCAAUGGGAAUAUUCCAUGAUGGUGUUGCCGAGUCCUGUGCCGAUUACUUUGAACGAUUCCGAAGACAAACGCAUGUCACACCAAAAUCAUACUUGUCGUUUAUCAAUGGAUACGAAACUAUUUACUCAGAGAAACGAGCAGAAAUUGGUGAACUGGCAAACAGAAUGAAAACAGGUUUGGACAAGUUGAUUGAGGCGAGCGAGUCGGUAGCUCAAUUAUCUAAGGAAUUGGUUGUGAAGGAGAAGGAUCUUGCUGUUGCAUCAAUCAGAGCUGACACGGUUUUGAAGGACGUGACAGUAAAAGCACAAGCAGCAGAGAAAGUGAAGAGUGAAGUGCAGAAAGUGAAGGACAAAGCUCAGGCCAUUGUUGUUGAAAUUGAGGCAGACAAAGCAGUUGCAGAGAAGAAACUGGCACUUGCCAAACCAGCUCUCGAAGAGGCUGAGGCUGCCUUACAGACGAUCAAACCAGCUCACAUUUCCACAGUAAGGAAGCUGGCCAAACCACCACAUCUCAUCAUGAGAAUUAUGGACUGCGUGUUGCUGCUCUUCAGAAUGAAGCUUAAUGCUGUCACCCAGGAUCCUGAAAAGCUUUGUCCAACACCAUCGUGGUCUGAAUCACUCAAGCUAAUGAGCUCUGGUGGCUUCCUGCAAGGAUUGCAAAAUUUCCCAAAAGAUUCUAUAAACGGAGAGAUGGUGGAGCUUCUCCAACCUUACUUGCAGAUGGAAGAUUAUGUAUUAGAGGCUGCGAAAAAGAGUUGCGGUGAUGUAGCUGGCCUAUUGCAAUGGACUAAAGCAAUGGCCACAUUUUACGGUGUGAAUAAAGAAGUACUGCCACUUAAGGCCAAUCUGGUUAUCCAAGAGGCUCGUCUGAACGCAGCUCAGGGUGACUUAGAUAAAGCCCAGGCGAUUCUUGAUGAAAAGCAGAGUGAGCUCGAUGUUGUGCAAGCUAUGUAUGAUUCUGCUAUGAAAGAGAAGCAGGACUUGUUAGACGAUGCAGAGUCGUGCAAGAAUAAGAUGCAGGCCGCUUCUGCCUUGAUCGAAGGCCUAAGUGGUGAAAAGGAACGAUGGACCCAGCAAAGUCGUGAAUUUCAAGAGCAAAUUGGACGGCUCGUGGGAGAUGUACUGCUUGCAACUGGCUUUCUGUCGUACUCUGGUCCCUUUAAUCAGACUUUCCGAACUAAGCUGAGAGAAAGCUGGGAGAGAGUGUUGUUUCAGAAGAAGAUUCCAUACAGUGAGGGCCUUAAUAUCACAUCGAUGCUUGUUGACAAUGCAACGAUUGGAGAGUGGAAUUUGCAAGGCUUGCCCAAUGACGAUCUUUCUGUGCAAAAUGGAAUCAUAGUGACAAAGGCUACUCGCUAUCCUCUUUUGAUUGAUCCACAAACACAAGGUAAAAAUUGGAUUAAAAAUAAAGAGAAAGAUAAUGACCUGCAGGCAACGUCUUUGAACCACAAAUACUUCAGAACGCACCUUGAAGAUGCUCUAUCUCUAGGAAGACCCCUGUUGCUAGAAGAUGUCGGUGAAGAGCUCGACCCUGCCCUUGACAAUGUGCUUGAGAAGAACUUCAUCAAGUCAGGUUCAACCUUUAAGGUUAAAGUUGGGGAUAAAGAGGUUGAUGUCAUGAAAGGUUUUACUCUUUACAUCACAACUAAGCUAGGCAACCCAGCCUACACACCAGAGAUCAGUGCAAAAUGUGCCAUCAUAGAUUUUACUGUUACAAUCAAAGGAUUGGAAGACCAGUUGCUCGGUAGAGUUAUAAACACAGAGAAACAGGAAUUAGAAGCAGAACGAGUCAAGCUCAUGGAGGAUGUCACAGCAAAUAAAAGAAAGAUGAAAGAACUAGAGGAUAAUUUGUUGUUUAGACUGACCAGUACACAGGGUUCAUUAGUAGAAGACGAAUCACUCGUUGCUGUGCUAAAGACAACAAAGUUGACGGCCGAGGAAGUUAGUGAAAAACUGUUUGUUGCCAGUGAAACUGAAGUGAAAAUCAACGAAGCAAGAGAAGAGUUUAGGCCAGUUGCAACUCGUGGAAGUAUUUUGUACUUCCUGAUCGUUGAGAUGAGCAUGGUGAAUGUCAUGUACCAGACUUCGCUGCAGCAGUUCCUUUCUAUUUUUGAUAAUUCUAUGGCCAACUCUGAAAGGUCUCCAAUACCCUCAAAGAGAAUCCAGAAUAUCAUUGAUUAUUUGACAUUCGAUGCAUUCAAGUAUGCUGCACGUGGUCUGUAUGAAAGAGACAAGCUCAUGUUUACACUUCUCACUUGUCUAAAGAUCGACUUGCAGAAGGGAUCUGUUCGCCAUGAAGAGUUCCAAACCCUGAUAAAAGGUGGCGCUGCACUGGAUUUGAAGGCCGUCGACCCUAAGCCUUACAGAUGGAUCUCGGAUAUGACAUGGUUGAAUUUAGUGCAGCUUAGUAAACUAGGUACAUUCAAAGGGAUUUUAGAGCAGGUAACCAGAAAUGAAACUGCGUGGAGAAGCUGGUGUGACAAAGAUGCCCCAGAAGAGCAUCCAAUACCUGAUGGAUACCAAACGUCUCUUGAUACCUUUAAAAAGCUUUUGCUAAUUAGAUCAUGGUGCCCAGAUCGAACAUUGUCGCAAGCAAGAGCUUAUAUAGCAGAAUCAGCUGGAGAAAGAUUUGCUGAAGGUGUAAUUUUGAAUUUGGAAGCAACGUGGGAGGAAAGCAGUAUUAACACCCCUUUGAUUGGUUUGUUGUCUAUGGGAUCUGAUCCAACUAGUGCAAUCGAAGCAUUGGCUAAAAGGAAGGAUGUUGAAUGUAGAGCCAUAUCAAUGGGACAGGGACAAGAAGUCCACGCAAGGAGACUGGUCCAACAAAGCACGGCAAAUGGUGGCUGGGUGCUGCUACAGAAUUGCCACUUGGGGCUUGAUUUCAUGGAUGAGCUGCUAGAGACAGUUUUAGCGAUGGAAACUGCGCAUGACACAUUCCGCAUAUGGAUCACAACUGAAGAACACCCAAAGUUUCCAAUAGGCCUCCUUCAGGCUUCAAUAAAGUUUACGAAUGAACCGCCUCAGGGUGUGAAAGCUGGUCUUAAGCGCACUUAUGCUGGAGUCAGCCAAGAUCAGCUCGAUAUCUGCAACAUGCCCCAAUGGAAGCCAAUACUAUACGCGGUUGCUAUGCUGCACACUGUUGUCCAGGAACGAAGAAAAUUUGGCCCGCUUGGAUGGAACAUCCCAUACGAAUUUAACCAAGCGGAUAUGACUGCAACAGUGCAGUUUGUUCAAAACCAUCUUGAUGACUUAGAUCCUAAAAUGGGAGUCUCAUGGAACACAGUAAGAUACAUGAUCGGAGAAGUUCAAUAUGGUGGACGUGUCACAGAUGAUUUUGACAAAAGAUUGUUGAAUACUUAUGCUAGGGUUUGGUUCGGUGACCAUAUGUUCCUUUCUGACUUCAACUUCUACAAAGGCUACAUCAUACCAAACGUGAAGCUGAUUGACCAGUUCCGCGAGGCAAUACAAGAUCUACCUCCAAUGGAUACACCGGAAGUGUUUGGACUGCAUUCGAAUGCUGAUAUCACCUACCAGAGCAACAGAACCAAAGACAUACUCGACACCAUCCUCAACAUCCAGCCAAAGGACAGCGGAGGAGGAAGUGGAGAAACACGCGAAAGCAUCGUGAUGCGCUUGGCUUCUGACAUGCUUAGCAAGCUGCCCCCGGAUUAUGUGCCUCACGAGGUAAAGGGACGACUGCAAAAGAUGGGAGCACUUUCAUCAAUGAACAUCUUCCUCCGACAAGAAAUCGAUCGAAUGCAGCGUGUGAUCACCGUUGUUCGUAAUACAUUGACUGAUCUGCAACUUGCUAUUGAAGGAACCAUCAUUAUGAGCGAGAAUCUGAGAGAUGCAUUGGAUAACAUGUACGACGCCCGAGUUCCACAUCUUUGGCAAAAGGUUUCAUGGGAGUCAGCCACGCUUGGUUUUUGGUUUACCGAGCUGAUCGAGAGGAACAGCCAGUUUUCGACAUGGAUAUUCCACGGGCGCCCCAACGUAUUUUGGAUGACUGGAUUCUUCAACCCACAAGGCUUUUUAACAGCCAUGCGACAGGAGGUAACCAGGGCGCACAAGGGCUGGGCACUAGACUCGGUUGUUCUGCAUAAUGACGUCAUUAAGCAAAUGAAGGAAGAUAUUACAAGUCCACCCCAGGAGGGAGUCUACGUGCAUGGCUUAUAUCUGGAUGGAGCUGGUUGGGACAAGCGUGGAUGCAAACUGACCGAGCCUUCGCCAAAGGUUCUCUUCACAACACUCCCCGUAGUACAUAUCUAUGCGGUAAACAACACGGGUCCAAAAGAUCCCCGCCUCUAUCAGUGUCCUGUUUACAAGAAACCAAGACGCACAGAUCUAACCUACGUCACGAAUCUGUACCUGAAAACAGUGCAAAGUCCAGAUCAUUGGAUUCUUCGCGGAGUUGCCCUCCUUUGUGACAUCAAAUAACAAUGACGCUAAAAUAUUGGUCCAUAGUUGAAGAUAUGUUGAUGAAAUUAGAAUAUGUUUAAGAAAUUAAAAUAAUAAAUACUUAUACUGUAUACUAAAGAAGCCU